CUGCUCUGCCUUCUUGCCCAGCGGCGCCUCACUAGGCUCUCCUUGCUCCACCUUUGCAACGCCCCGCCUGCCUGCGAGAGCCAAACAGGUACCGGAGCGGCGCCACCGCCACUGCCCAUGUGCGCGGAGAGCGCCCGCUAGCCUACGGCAGCGCCGGAGGAGAAGGCCCUCAGCUCCCCCCACCAUGGCCAACCUAGUUCCCCUGAUCGGGUCGGCCAGCAAAAAAGGAAGAAACGACUGGUCUGCUAGUCUCAUUGUUGCUUCCUUAGCUGGAGCCUUUGGAUCCUCCUUUCUGUAUGGUUACAACCUUUCUGUAGUGAAUGCUCCGACAGUGUUUGUAAAGAAGUUUUACAAUGAAACUUGGGAAAGAAGAUAUAACCAAUCAAUACCAGAAGAAACUGUUACCUUGCUCUGGACUAUAUCUGUUUCUAUUUUUGCCAUUGGUGGACUUGUGGGCGCUUUAAUUGUUACUCCAGCUGUCAAGUAUUUUGGCCGAAAACGUACACUGCUGCUAAAUAAUGUAUUUGCCGUUGUGGCUGCAUUGUUGAUGGCAUUCUCUCAUCUGGCAGGAGUCUUGGAAAUGAUGAUUCUGGGCCGAUUCAUAAUGGGCAUUGAUGGAGGUGUAUCUCUGAGUGCCCUCCCAAUGUAUUUGAGUGAAAUUUCACCCAAGCAGAUCCGUGGUUCAUUAGGGCAAAUUACAGCAAUCCUCAUCUGUGUUGGUGUCUUCAGUGGACAAGUUUUAGGACUACCUGAAAUAUUUGGGAAGGAAUCCCUGUGGCCCUACUUAUUUGGAAUGAUCAUUGUUCCAUCGAUCCUCCAAAUUGCAGUAUUGCCUUUUCUUCCAGAAAGUCCUCGCUUUCUAUUACUUGAAAAGCAUGACACAAAAGCAGCAGAAAAAGCAUUUCAAACCUUUCUUGGAAAAUCUGAUGUGUCAUAUGAAAUAGAAGACGUUUUGGAAGAGAGUCGGGUGCAGAGAAACAUCCAGAUAGCCUCUAUCUUUCAACUUUUGUGUGACAGCAGUAAGCGAUGGCAGAUCUUGACUGUAAUUGUAACGAUGGCCUGCUACCAACUAUGUGGCCUCAAUGCUAUUUGGUUCUACACAACUGACAUUUUCAGAGGAGCUGGGCUAAGUCAAGAAAUGAUCCCAUAUGUUACCUUAAGCACAGGAGCUGUUGAGAUUUUGGCUGCCAUUUUCUCUGGCUUAGUGAUAGAACGGCUUGGACGCAGACCUCUUCUGAUUGGAGGAUUUGGCUUGAUGGUUCUCUUCUUCGUGAUACUUACUGUGUGUAUGACUUUACAGGGUGAAGCAGAAUGGCUUCGAUACCUCAGCAUAGUCUGCAUUCUUGCAAUAAUUGCAUCAUUUUGUAUAGGCCCAGGGGGGAUUCCAUUUGUCCUAACGGGGGAGUUUUUUCCACAGUCUCAAAGGCCGGCUGCGUUUAUGAUUGCUGGGAUAAUUAACUGGCUCUCUAACUUUGUAGUUGGACUUCUUUUCCCUUUCAUUCAGAAAGGCUUGCAGACAUAUUGUUUCCUGGUGUUUGCUGUUGUCUGCUUAGCUGGAGCCACUUUCCUUUUUUUUGUUCUGCCUGAAACAAAAAACAAGACUCUUGCUGAAAUCGACCAGGCAUUUUCCAAGAAGAAGGUGCCUUUAGAAAUCCGUGAAAUGGACCAGUUUGAAACAAAGAACAAAUCAAAUGGAGAACAAGAAACCAACUCAUCUUGUACGCUGGAAAAUGGAGAAUUCAAAAACAGAAUAGUCUAAAAUCCAUUUUAGUAAGUUUUGUUUUGCUUCGUAUGCAUUGAUAUCACAAUCAUUCCUUCAGCCUAGACAAUUUUAAAAAAAAUCUUAGUGUGGUUGUAAGGGAAAUUGUUGUUAACUGGAGUUGAUCUGUGGGUCAGAAGAUGGGAAAGUACAUAACAAAAUUAACAGAGGCAAAUGAUGAAGAAUAAGGUUGCUCGAAGAAGUGAAACUGGUCAUUGAUUCAUUUAAAUGUAUGAAAAUUCAAAACUGAUCAUUGUUUUCUAAGACAGACUGGAGGCAGGGGAGCAGUUGGUGAAACUGCCAGAAGACCUUUUACAGUCUGAUCCUGUCUGCCAUCUUCUCACUAGAGGAAUGAUAGCUGCAGCUAGCACCUUCCUACGUGGCACCCUACGGAAUGGAAUGGCAUAUUCCUUGGGCACAUCUGUCAGAUGGAUGGGGCUGUUUGUUUCUGAAGUCAUGUACUAGCAAAACUACACUUGUGCUUCCAUUAUGGGAAUAGUGACUGUUUCCAUGUUGAUGUUACACAAUCUGAUCAACAACGUCUCACCUCCUUGAACUUGUACUGGUUUUCCAAGAGCUACUUUUUCAAAGAAGAACUGUUGAACAGGUAACCACACAUGCUAUAGAUUGUUUGGACUCACAGCUGAGUCCACGUAUAAGGAAUUAUUUAAAUCUCAGGUAUUACUAUCUUUUACUUAAUCCAUAUCAUUUCACGUUUUUAGAUGAAUUCGGGUACCCACUGUGCUUUUGUGGGGUAUUUUUAUUUAAGUCAAAUCACAACUUUUUAGUGUUUCAGAAUAGUUUUCCUGGAGCAGCUGCUUUGUAAAUAAAAUUAAUUCAGUUUUUUGUAUAUUUUGAAAUUCAGCCAUCAGUGUAAAGUGCAUGCACUUAUGUUUAGCCUGAGCCAGUCCAGUUUUAAUCAUGUAAAUAGUUCGUGAUUUUGGGUACAUAAAGUUUGGGAUAUGAGAAUUUCUCAGAUCAUGUAUAACUUUUAAUUUACUCUAUUUUGAUAAAAGAUGCAAGAUCUAAGAAGCUGAGCAUUUCAGAAUAUGUAUUCCACUUUACCAUGUAACCCAAGCAAGUGUUUUGUCUUUUAACAAUAUAUGAGACAGAGACUUCUGUCUACUUUUACAUUAAAUUUAUAUUGAUGGUUUCAUUUUAAUCCCAUCAAUAUAAAACCAGAAUAAUGGCAAUAGAUUCAUUCUAUUUGGAAACCACUGCUGAUUUCUGGAUACUGGUGCUGGCCGUAUCCCCGUCAGCAUCAGUUACCAGUGUUAGAAGAUUCUCUUAUCAGACCCAAACAGCGCUCCUGUACUAGUGGUGGUGGUCAAUGGUACCAGUCUUUCCUCUAGGUCAGGUUAAUCAUGCUGUGUUUCCCUAUAGUUAAUUGUGUGGGGUAACUAAAUUAAAAUAGGUGUCCCACCUUGUUCUACUCCCUAUUUCUCUGUGAACCAUGUUCUGUCACUGCGUAUUGCCCUAGGGUUGACCAGGCAGGUGCCAGACAGCAGUCCAGAUAUUUUAAGAAGAGAGAGAGAAAGGAGGCUGGUUUGAUCCCAUGAUUACUCUCAUAAUCAUGAUGUUUAAUUUUGGCAGUUGAAAUGUUUCACCUGUGGUACACAUUUUAGCUAUUGCUCCUUGAUAACAACAUUUAAAAAAAGAAAAGCAUGCUGACCUGACUUCCAAGUGUUACCAGUUUUAAUUUUACCAGGUAAAUUCCUCUAUAACUAAACCCACAAAUAUUUUUUUUCACAUUUGAAUGCAGAUUGUGGAGAAUUCUUAAGCACCACAUAAAAACCAGUGUUUCCUUAUUUCCUACUAUCACCUUUUUAUGGAUAGAGAUAACAAAAAUUUAGAGCAACUCAUCUCAUUUGUCUGAAGAAUUAACUCCUAGAUUUUCAUUGAAUGCUAUGUAUUGAUCUCCCACAGGGCAGAAGUGAGACCUGCCCAUAGAAAACAAGGGAGAAAUCCAAGAUUUUAGCAUAGCUAUGACUGGGAAUCAUCAUGUUUCCUCUCAAAUAAAAUAGAGCAGCUUUUAAAAAACUCCUGUCUUGUUUCAUCUUAAUAUAUUAGUUUCUAAUCAUUUUAAAAUUUGUCCUGCCAAUGCUAGUACAGUCCAUAAUCCCCGAACUGCAGGUUGGGUGGUGUCUGCGGCUGGGAGAGAAUUGCUGAUGACAUCCCUGCAAUGUAGUCUACUGUUUUAUUGAAGGUUAGAGGUAAGGUUUUACAUGGGUGAUCUAAAGGAACCAGGGCCUGAGCAGACUUUAACUCAAUUUGGGCAUGUCGCUUGUGUGCAAAGGCCACAUGUGAGCAGGGGCAAGCACGCUAAGCUACACACACGUAAUCACUUCAUGGGUUGGUGGAUGAAGUUCUGAAGCAGGGAGCUUCUACUCAUGGAGGCUCCUUGCAUGGUUAAAAUUCCGGUCCUGGAGGGUUCUAAAUAAUGUCUCCUCACUUCAUAUGUCACCCUCCAAAUCAUGGAGAGUGAUGGGCACAUUGACACAAGGAGUGGAGCUAAGUGCACUCACCUUCACUCGUCCUACUGGCAUGUAGCCUUUAUGUGUGAGUAGCAUCCCCCAAUAGGCCUUGUAUGUUCAGCUGAGCUGUAGAACAGUGAAAGUGUCAGUCCAGAAAGGGAAAACUGCAGUAAAGGGGAAGAAUUGGUUUGCUUGAGCCUCUAGUAUCUGACAGUAUUUUGGAAGGAUUAGGAUUGGCUGGGGAGAUGCACAACAUACAGUUGAAAAACUCACACUUAACUCUGUAUGGGGAGGUUUUAGAAGGAUUCCAAUUCUUCAGAAACAACAGCAAAUAGUGAAGCACCCAGGUUCAAGGCUGGCAUCCAGCCUCAAACCUUAUUCCUCUAGCACUAAGUACAGUGGGAGAAGGCUGCAGGAGGACGAUUCUUUAAAACAUCACUGCCCUUUUCCCUUUCCUGAAGCAUCUCCCACCUUCUUGUGAACUCUGAACAAUGCUACAAACUGGCUGAAGCCCUGUACAGAAGCACUCCUGUGGAGGCUUGGGAUACACUGCAACAUUUUGUUGCCAUUUUCCAUUUGUUACUCUUAACCCUAAUGUGAGCAACAGAGUGAGACCGGAGAGCGUGUCUGGUGAAGAUUCAUUGUUAGUGGACACCUAAUUUUCAGAAAGUGAAUUCCAUGAUUAAUACAUGUUAAUACGUCUGUUCAGACCUAAGACCCAUCAUUAGUAGGGGGCUCACUUUUUAGGGUUUUUUUUAAUCCAUAUCUUUUUUUGGUGGUGGUGCUGCUAUUGCAACCCAACCCACCAACUGAAGACCAGUAUGUGAGAGGAAUCACUCCCUCUACCCACUGUAGCAGAGUAUUUGGUACAUUCAACGUUAUGGUAUGAUGGAAACACCCAAGGUUUAUAAAGAACCUCAUAAUGUCUCAUCCUGUUUCCAUGGAAUAGGCAGCCCACACUUUACUUUUUCCACUCUUGUGCUGCUGUAACUUCAGUAGGAAGGGAAGAAUGUGCUACAUAUAUUCUUACAGGUGCGUUUAAUGGAUUGCAAUGAAACCAAUGAAUGUUUUGUUCUCUUAGGGUGUGUCUCACUAAAUUCUGAACUUAGAGUGCAAUCCUGUGUCUGCUUACCUGGGAGAAAGCACCAUGGAACUCAAUAGGACUUGCUUUUGAGCAGAUGUGUGCAGCUGAUUGUAAGAAUAGGAUGCUGCAGGUUCAGGAAUUUGUUUUCUCUGUUCAAUAGCUUCCAGGCUACCCAAGAGCCAACUUAAACUUCUAGCACUGGAAUUUGUAUUUGACAAAUAUUAUCUGUAUGAUUCAUAUUAUUAUAUGAAUGUAAGCACUGAAUAAAGAAUAGCUGCUAAUUUUCACUUAAGAUACGUGUUUCCUUUUGUUUUCCUU